GACCUGCCACGUAACUUGUUGAGCUGUUGUUUGAGUCUCUCUUUGUUUAUAUGCAGUAAAAUGGCAGAAGCCAGUAUUUCAGUGGGACAGAACCAGUUCACCUGUCCAGUGUGUCUGGAUCUACUGAAGAAUCCAGUGACCAUUCCCUGUGGACACAGUUACUGCAUGAGCUGUAUUACAGGCUGCUGGAAUCAAGAGGGUCAGAGGGGAGUUUACAGCUGCCCUCAGUGCAGACAGACCUUCAGUCCAAGACCUGCUUUAAGCGAAAGCACCAUCUUGGCUGAAAUGGUAGAGAAACUGAAGAAGACUAAAUUACAAGCUGCUGUUCCUGCUGGUGCUGGAGAUGUGGAGUGUGACAUCUGCACUGGAAGAAAACACAAAGCCAUCAAGUCCUGUCUGGUGUGUCUGGAAUCUUAUUGCCAGACUCAUUUUGAUCGCCAUGAAGAAUUUCGCUCAGGUAACCCACACAAAGUGAUUGAUGCAACUGGACGACUGCAGCAGAUGUUCUGUCCUCAACAUCAUAAGCAACUGGAAAUCUAUUGCCAGAUUGACAACUGCUGUAUUUGUUACUUGUGUACAAUGGAUGAACAUAAAAACCAUGACACUAUAACAGCUAUAGUAGAGAGGACAAGGAGACAGAAAAACCUGGAGCAAAAACAAAGAAAUUUACAGCAGAAAAUCUGGGAGAUCGAGUCAGAUCUUCAGCAGUUGAUAAAAGAUGUGAAGAUCCAUAAGCGCUCUGCACAGAAAGCAGUAGAUGACAGUCAGAGGAACUUUACUGAAUUGAUCAGCUCCAUUGAGAGAAGCCGAUCUGAGGUUACACAGCUGAUCAGAGAUCAGGAAAAAGCUGCAGUGACUCGAGCUGAAGAACACAUGAAGCAGUUGGAGAAGGAGAUUGAUGACCUGAGGAGGAGAGACACUGAACUGGAGCAGCUUUCACACACAGAGGAUCACAUCCAUUUCCUGCUGAGUUUCAAUGGAGGGCCUGUAAUACAGCAUUUGGAUUUGUCUAAAUUCAGUACCACAUCUUCAAGCCCCCUCCCCCCUCCCCAUCAUCAUUAUGAUGAUAUAAGGAAAUCAGUUUCUUUGCUAAAAGAAAAACUUGAAGGUUUCUGCAAAGAGGAGAUAGAAAAGAUAUCUGGUACAGGUAAAAUACUGGAGCUCUCUCCCUCUAUACACACAGACACACAGACACACUCACACACACAGACACACAUAAUUAAUAUGUCUUUUGGUUUCCAUAGUGCAAAACAAUGAGAUCAUUCAAG